UGAACAAGUCUGUUUUCUCACUAUUUCAAGAUGCGUUCUCUAUCCCAACCGAUCCUGCUGUGCCUCCUCGCCACAGCAUCCCUCUCCACAGCCGCGAACCUACCAACUACUGUCCAAUUCGACAUCAUCUUUCCAGUAAACAACACCGUAUACAAACCCGUGUACCCGUUCCCCGUCGUCCUUGCCGUACACAACGGUUCCGCUGCGACAUCGUCCGCAUAUCACUGGGAUUGGUCUUUAGUCAACUAUGAAGAUUACGAUGUCAUCACCUACGGCAGCUCCAACAUCGAAUCAAGCCCACCUCGCGAAGACACACUUGUCAUUGCACCCGUGUUCGAUCUCAUCAACAGCACCGCUAAGAACCUGUUUCUCAGAAUAACCUUCGGUAUCUUUGAGACGUGCGACGCAAAAGGCGUUAUGCCGUCGAAUAAGAGCCUUGAUGUCGCCUUCCACAAGCCUCUCUACUUCAGCCUUGACCGCGAGAACGGCCAAAUUCCCGAUGCCACCGCUGGCGGGCCCUGCGCCACUCCAAUCGGCGCCAUUGGUAUAGAGAAGGAAGUGCCAGUGGAUCAGAGAUGGGCUCAGGAUGAUGGAUCGUCGUGCCUUGUUCUCAAGUCUGGAGCGCAGCCGGCGCAGGAAUGUGCGUUCAGGGUGGACGAGGCAGUGGCGAAACAGGUUGCGGACCGUAUGUCCCAGUUCUACUCCGAUGCGAACAUCUACUUCGUCUCCUGCAAAGCCUUCACCGACAUCAGUCGGAAAUGGAAUUGCUACACCGACCCCAAUCCAGCCAGGUAUGGUCAGUAA